AAGGCGGGGAUGGCGCUGCAGCUGGAGCUGAGCGAGGCCUGGAUCCGGGAGCAGGCGGCGCUGCGGGGACUUGGCCCAGAACAGGUGGAGUCCCUCUCACUGCAGGGAACAUAUGAAGGGAAAAUCCACUCCCUUGGAGAUGCCUUCAAAAAUUUUAAAAGUUUGCAAUCGUUAGAUCUGUCCAGAAAUAUGAUUGUCAGUCUAGAGGGUAUUGAAUAUUUAUAUGUGUUACAAAAUCUGAAUUUAUAUUACAAUCAUAUCUCAUCCUUGCUGGAAGUGUCACGUCUCCAAACAUUACCAGUCCUCUCAGAGCUGGAUCUGCGCCUCAACCCCGUUACCAGAAAAGAAUCAGAUUAUAGACUGUUCACUGUCUACACGCUACAAGCCCUGGAAAAACUGGAUGACAGAAUAGUUAGGGAGAGUGAAAGAAAAGCUGCCCUACUGCAUUUUGGCCUCAAGAGAAAAGAGGAGAGUUUAUUUUCUGAAAAAGAAAGCGGAAGCUGUAGGGAGAAUACAAUGAAGAACUAUGCAGUAGAUAAAGGGACUUCUUCAGUACUUAGUUUGGAUAUUGAUAGCAGCAGAAAUCAAACUGAGUCGAGCCAAAAGCAGUUAACUCAUAAGCUUCUGUUAAAAUGCGAAGCAAAGGAUUCCUCAAUAAAUGCUUCAUCUACUUCUGCAGUACAGGCCAGCAGUUCAGCUAAAGAGAAUAAACAAUGCAGCAACACGCUGGGAACACAACUGGAAGAAGUGGCAGGAAAACAGUUGCUGAAUCACAGUCACCUGGAAGAUGAAUACAGAUCCCUUCCAUCACCACCACAAAUGCGUUCAUCCCUGCGCUCCCCAGACAAAAUAAGAGCUGGACUCACAAGAGGAGGAUUUCGGGUGACCUUUUCAGAAAACGAUUCCUUAGACUCCUCUCUUGAGAAAGACAUAAUAGGAAAACCUAAUAUUUAUUACCUUAACCAGGACAUUUCUUCAAGCAAGAAACUGCAUUUGAGUGACACCAACAAAACGAACCCAUACAAGUCACACAGAGAUACCAGUCUAGAUAAUUAUGACCACCUCUACCUUUCCUCCACGCCUCAGAACAAGGACUUUAAGAGACUUCAAAAAGAUAAGAGAAGUACAAAUUUCAGAGAUUACAGUGUAAGCCCUGCUAAUGAAAUGAAGACAACUUCACAGUCCGCUAGUAGUGAUCUACUGACACAGCAUACUGAGAUGGACAAUAGCACUCGAAGCCUCUUAAAACUCAGUUCAGAUCUGAACACCAAUACACACCUAACCAGUGACCCUGCUCUGUUAGCCACUCGUUUUUCUACAUUAUCUACCAGCUUCAGUGAUUUAACAUCAAGGCAUCAACCUUUAUCAGCUGAUGCGUUGCUUGAGCAUUCACAGCCAGCAACAAUGAGAAAAACAUUCCCAUCUGCAAUGCCUAGGAAAGACAGCGAAUCUGCAGCUAACAGGUGCUUGAGCCCUUCUAGAAUGGGGUAUAAACAAAGUGACAGACUGCAUUCAUCACUGUCCCCUCAGCAUUGUUUUAAAGAGUCAAAUAAGGAGUCUGUCCCCAAUGAUCUGAGCAAUGAUACGAGUUUCACAGAAAGUCAAAGUCCCAAAAGGACUGAGAAAGCAUCACAUAUUGCUGUCGUCCUACAGCAGCUCCUGGAGCUGGUAGAUCGUUACUGGGAUGGGGCUGGGUCCCUCCUCCUCAACAAGAAUUUUCUUGCUCCAGCCCAAGAUUUGCUUUUGUAUCUUAUGGCCUCUACCCCUCCACAGAAGGAUGUUCACCUACCAGGUGGGGAUAGCCCAUCAGUCUUAGCUGGAAAUGCUCCCAGACUUCAAAGGACCCAGCAGCAAGCCAAGGGGCAGGAGGAGAGCCAUGGGUCAUCUUCCCAGUUACAGGAAGUGGACUAUAGUGCUGCUUCUAAUUAUUGCUUCAGUGGGACUCACUCACUCACUUACGAUGAGUUGCUACAUAAGAACGAGCAGCUGAGUGUCCAAGUAGAGUACUUAACUCUGGAAUUAAAACAACAUAAGAAACUGCAGGAGACUGUGCAUCUUCUACAGGAGAGUCAGAGGUCUUUAGUGUCCACAAACAACUUCCUGCUGCAACAGCUGAAUAAAGAGCACAGUCCUAAUUCAGUAAAAACAACGCUUUCUUCUGAGAAAUUCACCAUUCGUGAGAGAUCGCCUCCCUUAGAAAGAACUCCUCCUGUAUCAGCUCAUGGCUAUAGUCAGUAUGGUAAUGCAGAGCAAUUAAGCAAUUCUCCUCUCUAAAGGAAACAUGGCGUCACUUCACAUAUUUAAUGUUAUAUGGAUUAUGUUCUUUUCCAUUUAAGUACAAUAUGAGAUGUCAAACUGUA